AUGCCAACUAUCAGCUGUGUCCAAAAUACCCGCACUGUCAACGCGCAUUCCGCGCGCGCAUCGGCCUUGUUGGGCACGGUGCGUCAACAAUUCGACAACGUCGAUUUCUCCUCCCAGGAACAUCCUCUCACCCACUCGUGCGUAAGUCCCACGACGACGACGACCUACAUCACCGCCAAUCAUAAUGUCGCUGCUCUGCCCCCACCAUCCGCCGACACUAUCCACCCUGCCCCAACCCCUGCAUCCACCACAAUGGCCAACACCACGACAUCUCGCACUCUUCCCCCCCCCCUCCCCCCCCUACCCGACGGGACGACGGCCGACGUUCCAGCAACUGCUAGCAACACCACCAGCACCGCCACAUCCGGCGAUGUGGACUCGGCCCAAGCCUGUCCUCAAUGCGAUCGCACAUUCACCUCACACAUCGACCUGGCUGGUCACUUGCGAAUCCAUUGCACAAGGAGUGGAGAACCAGUGCCUUGA